AUGGAGGAGGCAAGCAAGAUAAGAAGGAAGGGUGGUCACGUGGCGGCGCGCCCGGUCCCGCGAGGCACGCCCCGCCCCCGCGCGCGCCCCGCCGCCCCGUCGCGGUCUGGAGCCAGUCGAGGGCGCCGCGACGCUGGGGCUGGGGAGGUUGGCGCCGCCGCCGAGUGGGCCUGGGGCGCCGGCUCGCUGCUCCGCCCGCUCCCGGCCGGCUGUGCAGGCGGCUGGACCCGCGGCAGCAGCAGCGAGGACGCGAGCACGGGCGGCGGCGGCGGCAGUCGCGACAGCAGCGACAUCAUGGAUCUGUCCUUUAUGGCCGCGCAGCUGCCCAUGAUGGGAGGAGCAUUCAUGGACUCGCCCAGCGAGGAUUUUGGUGCCGAGUACACCCUGUUUAACUCCUCUGCCAGCGUCCACGCGGCCUCCAGCGGCCAGGGCCCGGCCGAGGAGCCCCCGCGCUCCUCCCACGACGCCGUGCUGUUGUGGAUCGCCAUCAUAGCGACGCUGGGCAACAUCGUGGUGGUGGGGGUGGUGUACGCCUUCACCUUCUGAGGGGACGGCACGGCCGGCAUCCUGCACUGGGAUUCCAGGGCCGAAGGUUGCAACCACACGCAUGUUCUGUCCACCUGCAGUGACCGUGCUUCUACAGUUUCUCCAAGCAGCCCGAGUUUCCAGUAUCCGCAUUAAUCUGUGGUCAAGCUGAUUCUGAAAACAAGGGAGCAUGGGUUUCCAGCUCCCCAAGGCAUGGCGGGGCAAGACCUUCCCGGAGCAGAGCAGGCAGCUCUUGAAACUGCAUUCCAGGAACAUGAAACCAGGUGGAACAGCCAGUUAUGUUUAAAGAUGGACGUGGCUUGGUGACCUCCCGCGGGCAGUAAAGCAUUCCUCAUGUGUCUUGUCUUAAUGCAAACUUAUCAGACCUGGUGGGUGGGGCCCCAGGGCAAGAGUGGCCCUUGGACCUUUAGCGUUCCCAAUCCAGUCUUGGUUUUCCAUUCAGCCCCUUGGAAUGGUGGUGGCCGUCACUUGAAAGCCCCUAGAACGUUCCCAGUUUGACUUGGAGAUGUCAUCUCUGGCCCUUUCCAAGAGCCAAGCACAUCAGGAAACCCAGGGAUGGGGGAAUUACUGGCACGUGGUGGGGGUUGGUGGUAGGGAUGGGGGUUUUUAUCUGCUGGAUGGACUUUCUCUUUUUUAAGAAGAGGAGAGAAUGUGUUUAAAAUUUAGAUCUGCCAGGCAGUUAACUUCUCAGGCUGCCAAAGUGAAGAUGUUCUUUCUUCUCUGAAAAUGUGGAAAAUUGUGGAAUUUUAGAGAGAGUAAGACUGGGCUCUACCUAAAAUUUGACAGAUGUGAUGGGGGGAGCUGAUGAGCCCCAGGGCUAGCUGAUGGCGGAGUCGGCAGAAAGGAGGCCUCCCAGCUCUUGGCUCAGUGCUCUCAGUCUACCACACACACUCCUGGUCGGAAGGAGAGCCCACCCUCAGAGAACAUCCAGGGGGUCCUGAAGCUGAGGGCAAGGUGGCCAGGUCUUUCACAUGCCUGUGUCUUAAACCCAGUGUGGAUCCUGUGCUCCCUCUUGCAGGUGAGAAGGUGCUUCUGCCUGAGUCUGUUUCCUUAAACUCUUCAAAAUUCCUGGCAAUGGAGGAAGCUCCCAAGUAAAGAUCAGAGCAGGAGGGGCUGUGCAGGAUUGGAAAGAGCUGUUUUUCUUCCUUCCCUUAGGGAAAGUCAUGGCCACAGCACAGCCUGCCCCCUCCCCUGUGAACACAGAGUGUGGGAAGGGGCCCAGAAAGGGUCUCACUUGCCCCCAGCCCUGGUGGGCCUUUCUCUCUGCUUUCUCCCUACGCAGUAGGAAAGAAAAUAAAUGACAUAAAUUCAUCCUCUGUGAUUGAGAAAUGGCCAAUAAGAGCUUGUGUGUGCUUGGGGACAAUUGCAGUAAGGUUGGGUUUGCCACUGUGGUCUCAGGAGAAAUGAGCAUUCUCGGUGACAGGCAGGGAACAUGCUAACUGUCCGGAGGUGGCCAUGGCGUCUGGCACGAUUGCCAGUCGAGCCUCCAGACGGGGCCUGCGGACAGCCGCCAGCUCCCGAGGACCACGUCCGUCACUGCAGCCAGGCAGCCUCAGGCAGCGGUCACAGGCGCAGAGAGCCUCCCUGACCUUUGCAGCGAGGGUCUCCGUCUGGAAUUGUUGCCAGACCCCUGCCUUCAGCCAGGCCGACCCCGAGGUGGGGUGGUCGGGCAGCUGGGGCGUGCGUCCUGGCCCUGGGGUUCUCGCCCUGGCUGCUUCUCCCGGGAGCUCUGCCCUCGGUGAGCAGGGUCUGCCCUGGGUUCCUCCCUGAGAGAGUCCAAGGAGGGCGGCCAGGGCCAGGGCAGGUGGCCAGCGGAUGCCUGGUGACCUCGCGGGGGCCGCCCCAGCCCAGAUGCCCUCUGACUCUUCACCUUCCAGCCUCACACCCCAGGGGAGCCCCCCAGCCUGGUGAAGGUGGGGUGACUGCUCCCUGUUCUCUAACCAGUCCGUGGAAUGGCGGUGGGAGAGCGGGUUCUGUGUUAGCCCGGCUGGAGGGAGGAGAGACAAGGAGAGGAGAAGAAAGGCCUCCAUCACUGAGGAGGAGACUCCUGCACCCUAGAGCAGCCCUGCAGGCAGGGUGGGCCCCCGGGUACUUCUGGCCUCAGAGGUCACCCCCAUGAACUUGUUUUUUCCCAACAUAAAUGUCAGUUAAAUUCAACUUUCAGGUCUCUCCCUCUUUAGUGGCAGAUUCAUAGAUGGGCAGAGGCUUUAGGAACCAUCUUUCUGGAACUUUCCAUUGUACAGAUUGCAGUAACUUACUCAGGGUCCUUUGAGCUGAAUUGCUUGUAGUCUCUUAUCUGAUUUUUUGCCACCAUCACUCAGAUAACAGUGAAAGUAGAUGUGCAUUUUGUUGUCUAAUUACGGAGUAAAUAAUAGAUUUCCAGCCUGGGGGGUGUGAGCUGCACUUUCCCUCCUGCUCAGCUCGGGGUUCAGUCUUAGUUGUUAGAGAAGAAAAACUUAAUUCUUGAAGUAUUGUGUGCCAGGCGCUGUGCUAGAUUAGAGUCAUGUACACUUAUUUAAUCCUCCUUACGAUUACCUUACAGCAUCCAUCGAUCUGAUAGACAGAUGAGGAACCAGAGGCUCAGAGAGGUGAAGCAACUUGCCUCAGGCUACACAGCAUGAGAGUGGCCGAGCAGCGAUUUGAACCUGGUAGCCUGCUGGUCUAAAGCAGGCUUUCUGUGACACCAUGCUGCCUUCGGGGGCUGGAUGCCACCUCCAGGGCACAUUUAACCCAUACCCCGGGCCUGCAGAGUCUGGACGAGCUCUGGCGUCCACUGUGGAAGCCCCUGACCACCCCCAGGAUAAAGCCCACUCAUUCGCUGCCCAGUCCCUCUCUCUGCCCAGGCCUCGGUGGGGGGGUUCCCUGAUGCCUGCCUGCCCUGCUUAAGGUUCAGCAUGAGUUUCCUUGUAAGGCUCCAGGGAAAUUCCCAGAGACCUGCCUUCUCAGGAUACAUGCAGAGGGGGGACCCCCGGCCAAGACUGGAGAGCCCAGUGGAGGGGUCCUCACGUGGAGUAGGCUUGAUGCAGCCAGAACUGCUGAGUCAGAGUCGCAGGAUGCCCCAUUUUGCAGGUUGGGCCUCAGCCUGGGCGCAGGCUUUUCCUGGAGCCCCGAGGCAGUCCGGAGCUGGGGGAGCCUGGGGCCCCCCUUCUGGCUUCUCCCUGGGCGGGGGGGUGGGCCAAAGCCCCCCUUGAUUUGAUGAGUGUGUGUGGAGGAAGGAGAAGUCUCACCUCUUCAGCCAUUGCUCCUCGGAGAAGGAGCCCUACAUUUGCUAGAAUGUUCCCUGAGCUUGCCCCUGCAGGCCUGCCAUAGGUGCCCACCUCCCUCCCCACCCCCACCACACCCCCGUGUUUAUCUCCCUCUGCGUGUGGGAUGCUCUCCACUCAAGGGAUUCCUGCCCACUGUGGGGUCCUGAGCAGGGUGGUCACUACAGCCUGUCCCUUCCCUCGGAGGCAAGGCUUUCCCUUCCUUUUCCGUGAAACCAAGGUCAGGUGAGAUGCCCCUCGGCCCCGGAGAGAGACCACAUCUUUCCCGAAUCCCCCGGGAUCCCAGGGACAAGGCGGGGGAGGACAAGCUAUUACCACUUAGUGCCGCUGCAAAUGGAAGGCCUGGAUUUCGGCCAGCCUUCAGCCUGGGUCAGGUCCCCUGGUGGCGUCUGUCAUCUGCCCGGCUGCCGCUCGUCUGCAGCACGCGGCGGUGGUGUCCUUCUGUAAUAUUAUUAAUAAUUACACCCCCUGACACUGCUGUUCACUGAGCAUCUUCCUGGUGCUGAGUGCUCUUUUUUUGUAGCUUAUUUAAUUCUCUAAACAGCCCCAGGGGCAGGGGUGAGGGUGCAGAGCAGAACCUACGUUAUUCUCCCCAUUUUUGUGUUGAGAAACUGAGGCUCGGCGGUGUGUCCGGGGCCGUAGCCAAGCAGUGUUCUGUUCAGACCCCUCUGUCAGCUCUCCUGCUGCCAUGUCCUCUAUAAGAAGCCCCCCUGGAUGGUGCCUCUGAGGCUGGGGUUGAACUAUCCUGCAGAGCCUGAAGCCAGAGGGUCUAAUGCAAGUGUGAGCCCCAAAAAAGUCAUCUCCCCUCCAUGGCAUGGUUGUCAAGUAGGAACAGGCAGUCAAGUAGGAACGGGCAGCCACACGUGUCCAUCCGUCUCAGAACCUCACAGCAGUAGAGGCCUUGGAGAGCAUCCAAUAUGACCAUCAGUUUCCAGGGAAAGUAGCUGAGGCCACACCGUUGAUGAGUGGAGAGGGACAAGCCCUGGACACCUGGCCCAGGGCCCCAUCUUCUGGCCACACAGUCGUCAGGGACUACCCUGGAUGACCAGCUCCCGCCCUGGGAUGGGGUCGUGUCCUCUGCCUGCCAGCCCCCUCGCCAAGUCCCGGCAGAUGCCCCCUUGCCAUCGCCAGAGGACCUCCCAGGAGUGGGCUGAGCUACAGUAGGGGAGACCCAAGGCUCGGGGGACCCAGGAGAGCCAGCAUGGCCCGGAGGUUGCAUGUUAACUGUCCUGACCCGGUCCUCCCUGGCCCCCCAUCACGGCCACUCAGUGAGGGGCACGGAGGAGAGGGAGGGUGCUCUGAGUCCUGAGAGCCCAGAAGGAGAGGCUCUAAUCCCCAAGCAGAGAAAUGAGCCGCUCCAGGAAACCCAGGUCAUCAGAAUUACAGCAGUGUCAAAAUACUUCCAGAAAGUUGUUCCUGGCACUGAAGUGUGAGCGUUUACUGCCCUUUCGGGGCUGGCAGGGGCCGAAACAACCCAGGCCAUGGAUUUAAGGAGACAAAAGGCUCCCCUAGAGGGAGAGUGUCCUCCAGUCCUGGUGCAGCCGUGGGUGACGCCCGCCGUGCGCCCCAACCCCCAACUGCUCGGAAAGGAGAAACGGUGACUAUCGGAAGUGUGAUGGAAUGGUCAAAACUAUGUGAAAUUACUGACAUAAAUUUUGGAAUAUAAGUCUGUGUCACUUGUUCCGAGUCAAUGCAAAAAACAAAUGUUCCAUCAAGAUAGAAAAUUAGAGCAGAGAACGGCCUGGAUGCUCUCCCUCGCAGGGGUCGGGCAGGCCCCCCGGGACCAGGGGGCAGCGAGGACGGGUCUCCCCGUCUCUGGUGACAGCCUGGACCUCUCCAUCCUGCCAUUGACAGCUCUCAUCACCUGCUUCCGGGUUCUUUUUUCAGGCUGACUUCCCACCUCCCCAAGAGGAGGUUUCAGACCCUUUCUGCUUUGGCAAUAAAUUCUGGCAAUUGGCUAAGACACUUUCGCAGGGGAUUUAUGUGCCACUGGCUCUUGGGGAAAUCCUGAGCCCCCAUUCCAGCCUGAACCCAUCCUCCACGCAGCUGAGCAGCCCCAGUGGCUGCUGGUGGAUGGUGGAGGGGCUGAACCUGUCCCCAUAGUAGCUUUUUCCCUCUUGAACUUUCUGGGACCUGGCCCCUCUCCAGGGCCUCUGAGAAGCCCCUCUUGGGGAAAAACUUAGGAAGCAGAUGGGGGGGUGGCGAGGGCUGGCUCACAGCUUUUGGGAUUAUCUAGGUCUUCUCUUAUUUCUGACCCUUGUCCACGUGUCCCACCCUUGUUUUCCCCAGUUGAAGGUAUAGUAGUCCUCUUUAUACUAUUGCAACUAAAGUUUUACAGAAACCUUAUUCUUGUAACAAGCCGCCGUUCAGAUGCCAGUUCUUCAUGCUGAGAAAAUCGGAAUUGUUUCUGUGUCUUUCUAAUGUUUUCAUAAUCAACUUGUACACAUAAGUCAUUUACUUAAUAAAAAGACAUUUUGACUAUUCUUGUAGUCUUUUGCUAUGCAAGCCCCCAGUUUCUCUAUAAGAUUACUAACUUUUACUACAGCGGAAAGGCUGCUUCUCAAUGUAGGAUUUCCAUGUGCUCUUUUGAUGAAAAGUAUUAAGCUUAAAGGAUGUAAAAAUGUGGCUGUGAAACCUUCUUUUUGUUGCAUUGUUGUAGCUGUCAUUUUCUAUUAUGAUAAUUAAAAAAAAAAAACUUUAA